ACGUCCAAUGUCCAUCAAUCAUAUCAGAAAAAGUUAGUAGGUACCUAGGUAACGUGAUUUUUGCAAGUUUUCGUAAAACAAUCUUUUAAAUAAUGGCUGCGAUAAGUUUGUUGAAUCCUAAAGCUGAAUUUGCUAGAGCUGCCCAAGCUUUAGUUGUAAAUAUUUCAGCAGCAAAAGGUAUCCAAGAUGUAAUGAAAACUAACCUCGGUCCCAAAGGUACAUUAAAAAUGUUAGUGUCAGGCGCUGGCGAUAUUAAAAUUACUAAAGAUGGUAACGUGCUUCUUCAUGAGAUGCAAAUUCAGCACCCAACUGCUUCCCUUAUCGCUAGAGCUUCAACUGCUCAAGAUGAUUCCACCGGCGAUGGUACCACGUCUACCGUCCUGCUGAUAGGAGAGCUGCUUAAACAAGCCGAUAUUUAUAUUAGUGAAGGCUUACACCCUAGAAUCAUUACUGAGGGCUAUGAUUUAGCUCGCAACAAAGCCUUGGAAGUUCUUGAAAGUAUGAAAAUACCCAUUGAGAUCAAAAGAGAAAACUUAAUUGAUAUUGCUCGUACUUCUCUGAAGACCAAGGUACACCCGAAUCUCGCCGAAGUGCUAACUGACGCUUGCGUUGACGCGAUCCUCGCGAUACGUAGACCCGAUCAACAUGUUGACUUGCACAUGGUAGAGCUGAUGGAGAUGCAACAUAAAACUGCCACUGAAACAACUUUGAUUAAGGGCCUGGUCAUGGACCAUGGAGCGCGUCACCCCGACAUGCCAAAACGUGUGGAAAACGCAUACAUUCUUACUUGCAAUGUUUCACUCGAGUACGAAAAGACUGAAGUGAACUCUGGAUUCUUCUACAAGUCUGCUGAGGACAGGGAGAAGUUGGUGGCGGCUGAACGUGAUUUCAUCGACCAGAGAGUUAAAAAGAUUAUCGCACUAAAGAAGAAGCUUUGUGACGGCACCAACAAAUCAUUCGUUGUAAUCAACCAGAAGGGUAUUGAUCCUCUUUCCCUCGAUGCUUUCGCCAAAGAAGGCAUUAUCGGUCUCCGCAGAGCCAAGAGGCGUAACAUGGAACGUUUAGCUCUCGCAUGUGGCGGUUCUGCCAUGAAUUCCGUAGACGAUCUUACAGAAGAGUGCUUAGGAUACGCUGGACUCGUAUACGAACACAUUCUGGGUGAAGAAAAAUACACAUUCGUUGAAGACUGCAAGAACCCCGAAUCUGUAACUAUUCUCAUCAAAGGCCCCAACAAACACACUCUAACCCAAAUCAAAGACGCCAUCCGCGAUGGUCUCAGAGCUAUCAACAACGCAAUUGAAGACAAAUGCGUCGUCGCUGGAGCAGCUGCGUUCGAAAUUAAGACCAACCUGGAGUUGCAGAAGUACAAGGAUACAGUUAAAGGCAAAGCUCGUUUGGGCAUCCAAGCUUACGCGGAAGCUUUGCUCGUGAUUCCUAAAACGCUGGCAGUGAACUCUGGUUAUGACGCACAAGACACCAUAGUUAAACUGCAAGAGGAAGCUCGUUUGAGCCCUGACCCCAUUGGUUUGGACCUGAACAGCGGAGAAGCUAUCAAACCCACGGACAUGGGCAUUUACGACAACUAUAUUGUGAAGAAGCAAAUUCUUAACUCCUGUUCCGUUAUUGCUAGCAACCUCCUUCUAGUUGAUGAAAUCAUGAGGGCUGGUAUGAGUAGUCUUAAGGGUUAGUUUUAUUUCAUUAUUUCUUCGCAUAUUAAUCUUUAACAUUUAUUCUGUAUUACUUUAAUAUGAGAAACUUAAUUUUCUUUAAGUGCUAAAUAUAUGCAUUUAUUAUGUUUAAUAACUCAGCUAUUGUUUGCUUGUUAUUCUUAUGAUAAAACUACUGUGUUGUGGACAUAAAUUUUAACAAAACCAAAUUAAUUAAUGUCUUUCAUUGCUACUAAAUUGGGUUUAUGUGCCUGUUAUGGCACAAGUCCUUAAUACAUUCAGUCCACGAUAAGUAGCUGACCAUUAUUUGGCACAUUAGCUUACAUAUUGUAAUGAGUAUUUCUAAUUAAAUUGCUUUUAAAACUA